AAGGAUUUUUCGAAAGGAUAUAAGUUCAUUACUGAGGGAAGUGCAACCAUUCUCUUCCCUGAGAAUAAUGAUAUCGAUGAUGAAUUAGGUUCAGGUCAAAAACCGAGAUUUGUCUAUCUUGAUGAUUACCUUGUUUGGAGAAAUGCGAAAGCGAGAGAUGGAAACUCUUAAGCAAGAAAAGCCAAAGCGAUACGAAGGAAUCAUCGCAGAGCGUAAAAAGGUAGCCGAGGCAGAAGGAAAGCCCUAUCUCGCAGAAGAUGGUCUCUACAUCCUGGAAGCAUUGGCUGCCUCCGGUCUGCGAAGUAUUCGUUACUGGAAGGAGAUUCCGAAUAUUCGCCGCAUUAUUAUUAACGAUAUCGCUGAUGCAGCUGUUGAAAGCAUGAAGGAUAAUCUCGCUUACAACAAAAUCACCUCCGACCGCGUAGUUCCGAACCAAGCGGAUGCCACGAUGGUGAUGUACCAGAAUCGAAGCCCUUCCUACAACCGCUUCGAUGUGAUCGAUCUCGAUCCCUACGGAUCGUGCAGUAUCUUCCUGGACGGUGCCGUGCAGUCUCUCUGCGACGGAGGUUUGCUCUGUGUGACCAGCACCGACCUCACUGUGCUGUGUGGCAACCAUCCGGAAGUGGUGUUUACGAAAUACGGCGCCAAUUGUCCGAAAACCCCCUUUUGCCACGAACUGGCGGUUCGAAUCGUGCUGUACACCAUCAUGAUGAACGCAGCCAAGUACGGACGCUCCAUCGAAGUGCUGGGUGCCUUCCAAAUCGACUUCUAUGUGCGUUGCUUCGUUCGAAUUCACGACUCCAAAACCGCGAUUAAGCAGUGCGCUUCGAACUCGGCAUUGCUCUACUACUGCAACGACUGCCACCACUACCAGCUGCAGCCGUUAGGCCGUUCGCACAGUGCCCACACAGGGAGGUUUGAAGGGUAG